AUGUCGAGCCCCCUCUCCAACAUACCAGAGGAGGAAACUGGACCCUCUGGAGCUUCAGCUCCCGUGAGCAACGAAGGAAACACUUCAUCUGCCGGCUCUGCCAAUCAACAGGGUACGCAAACCUCCCAUGUCUUCGUCACGAUGGACGACAUUCUCGCAAUAGAGAAUGAAGUGGCAGUCACCUCUGGUUCUGAUUCUGAUUCUGACCCUGACUCUGACUCUGAAGAUGAACAAUAUAAUGAAGAACACGGCGAGGAUGGCGCAGACAGAGCCGAACAAGUCGAAGAACCAACCCCCCAAGCCCCAGCAAGCCCAACAGCCCAUCUUCACCCUAAUCCCACCUUCCUUUUCUUCCCAAAACCUCCUCUCCCCGACAUAGGUUACCCUGGCCGCGGGCUCGCAGACGUAUGGGGAGGCGUAAUCUACGACUGCCUCGGCGAGGUAUCAGACCACAUGCGAUAUCCGCUGGUGGUGGAAGUUAUCCCACACGAGGGCGAUGAAGACUCAUUCAACCCUGUGCUGGAGGAGGACUUGUUGACUUCCGAGGACUACUGGGGUCCGUUUGAUGAGGAUAGUGGGCUCUCGGAGGAGAGUAACAGUGGCGAUGAUAAUACUGCGCGUGUGCGGUUCCCUGUGCCAUAUCUUGGACAGGAAUAUGUGUGGGGAUGGUGGGCGAGGGCUGAUGGGAGGUUGUUCAAGGGCUAUGGUCGUGUCGUAAACAUUUGGCUUAAUGUGGUCAAGACUUUUGUUUUCGCCUAA